AUGAACCUGCCCCAGGAGGCGAAAGAAGGAGCCCCAGGUGUUCAGACCAGCUCCUUUCCCCAGCAUGGCCCAGAUGCAGCGAGGGCUGCUCUGGGACACCCAUCUCCCACUCUCACUCACCCUGUGAGAUCUCCACCAUUUCCACCAAGAAGAUUGCCAACAAGUCCAUCUUUGCCAAGGAGACCACCUUUGCCAAUGAGAAUAUCAAGGACAGAGACCACCAAGGACACCAUCUCUGUCAAGAAGACCACCAAGGACACCAUCUUUGCCAAGGAGACUGUCAACGACACCAUCUCCGCCAAGGAGACCACCAACAGCACCAUCUCUGUCAAGGAGACCACCAAGGACUCCAUCUCCGUCAAGGAGACCACCAAGGACACCAUCUCCACCAAGGAGACUGCCAACAGCACCAUCUUUGCCAAGGAGACUGUCAACGACACCAUCUCCGCCAAGGAGACCACCAACAGCACCAUCUCUGUCAAGGAGACCACCAAGGACUCCAUCUCCGUCAAGGAGACCACCAAGGACACCAUCUCCACCAAGGAGACCGCCAACAGCACCAUCUUUGCCAAGGAGACUGUCAACGACACCAUCUCCACCAAGGAGACCGCCAACAGCACCAUCUUUGCCAAGGAGACUGUCAACAAUACCAUCUCCACCAAGGAGACCACCAACAGCACCAUCUUUGCCAAGGAGACCACCAAGGGCACCAUCUUUGCCAAGGAGACCACCAACAGCACCAUCUUUGCCAAGGAGACCACCAAGGGCACCAUCUUUGCCAAGGAGACCACCAAGGGCACCAUCUUUGCCAAGGAGACUGCCAACAGCACCAUCUUUGCCAAGGAGACUGCGAAGAGGACUAUCUUUUUCAAGGAGACCACCGAGCAGAUUGCCACCAAGGAGACCACCUUGAAGCUUCUGGCGGUCAUGUUUGGCUAG